AUGCCUCAACUGCCGGGCAAUAGCAGCUUGGAUGAACAGGCUGCUAUAUAUUAUGCAUCAGAAUCCAUCGCCUCCAUUGCCAUCUUCAGCAUUGUUUUCCUCACAGGUAUCCCAGGCAAUGGCUUGGUGAUCUGGGUAGCUGGUCUGAAAAUGAAAAGGUCUGUGAACAUUGUCUGGUUCCUAAACCUUGCUGUGGCUGACUUCAUGUGCUGCGUGUCCUUGCCAUUCUCCAUUGUUCACCUGGCCCUUCAUGAACAUUGGCCCUAUGGUUGGUUCCUCUGCAAAGUCAUUCCGUCAAUCAUCAUCUUUACCAUGUUUACCAGCGUCUUCCUCCUUGUGGCCAUCAGCAUUGACCGGUGCCUCCUUGUGACGAAACCCGUCUGGUGUCAAAAUCACCGAACAGUGAAAUUUGUAUCGCUAAUAUGCAGUGGCAUUUGGAUCCUGGCCUUCAUUUUCUGCUGUCCUGUCUUCUACUACCGUGAGACUAGUGCUCAUGAUGGCAAAAGGGAGUGUGGGUACAAUUUUGGAGAUGAUGAGGCGCUAGAUUAUGAUUCUGUAAAUGAGCUUGGAGAAUAUUCACCUUUAGCCUACAAUGGCAAUGACUCAUGGGGAAAUUUCUUUGAAAGUGAUGAUUCUCUGCCCCUUUCCUUAGCAGCAAUAACCAUCCCUAGGGCUGUCUUUGGCUUUGUACUCCCCUUUUUCACAAUGGCAGUGUGCUAUACCCUCAUUGUUUUCAGGACACGUGCCAAUCAGUUUCGCAAGCCACAGGGCAGAAUGCUGCGAACAAUUGUGCUCGUGGUAGCUACAUUCUUUAUCUGCUGGGCUCCAUACCACAUAGUUGGGAUUCUGUCCCUUGUACCUACUCUUGGAACCGGACUGAGGGAGUCACUGAUUUUCUGGGAUCACCUCUCUACAGCACUGGCCUAUACCAACAGCUGCAUCAACCCCUUGCUCUAUGUUUUUGUGGGACAGGACUUCAGGGCAAAAGCACGGCAAUCAGUGCAGGGAAUCUUGGAAGGUGCCUUUAGCGAGGACCCAACGCAUUUGACCCCUUACUCCCCAGACAGAAGCAAGACUUCAACAGAGAAGGAUGCUAGCUGCACGUUGUAACGCAGAACUUACCAUAACCGCAUAGAAAGAGCAACCUCUGGCUCUGCACAUCUAUCACUCUCUACUUAACACUUUUU